GGGAACACCUGUAAGAGGGGAACACGGGUCCUACUGGAAUCACUGGCUUAGCAGGGGAACACAGGAAACGAGUCCGUCGGGAUUCACUGCCCCGACAGGGAGUACAAGUCCGUUGGGUACACUGGCCCGGUGGGGGACAGGGUCUGGCGGGAAUACGGGUCCCACAGGACUAACUGGCCGAGCAAGAAGCACCAAUCUGGGGCUGCACCACCGAAGAGAUGGCUUCGUCCACCGUGGAGAGUUUCGUGGCCCAGCAGCUAGAGCUGCUGGAGCUGGAGAGGGACGCCGAGGUGGAGGAGCGCAGGUCCUGGCAGGAGCACAGUUCACUGAAAGAGCUCCAGAGCCGAGGGGUAUGUUUGCUGAAACUGCAGGUAUCCAGCCAGUGCACCGGGCUGUACGGGCAGCGACUGGUCACCUUUGAGCCCAGAAAAUUCGGGCCUGUGGUGGUGCUUCCCAGCAACAGCUUCACUUCUGGUGAUAUUGUGGGUCUAUAUGAUGCUAAUGAAAGCAGCCAGCUGGCUACUGGGGUUCUGACCCGCAUCACCCAAAAGUCAGUCACAGUGGCCUUUGAUGAGUCCCAUGAUUUCCAGUUGAACCUGGAUCGAGAGAAUACCUACAGACUACUGAAGCUCGCCAACGAUGUCACCUACAAGCGACUGAAAAAAGCGCUGAUGACACUGAAGAAGUACCACUCUGGGCCAGCAUCCUCACUCAUAGACGUCCUUUUGGGCGGCUCCACCCCAAGUCCUACUGCUGAAAUACCCCCACUCACUUUCUACAACACGGCCCUGGAUCCUUCCCAGCAGGAAGCUGUGUCUUUUGCACUGGCCCAGAAAGAACUUGCCAUCAUCCACGGGCCUCCUGGCACUGGGAAGACUACAACCGUGGUGGAAAUAAUCCUCCAAGCUGUGAAGCAAGGCUUAAAGGUUCUGUGCUGUGCUCCCUCCAACAUCGCUGUGGACAAUCUGGUGGAGCGGCUAGCGUUGUGUAAGAAGCGGAUUCUGCGCCUGGGACACCCCGCCCGCCUCCUGGAGUCCGCUCAGCAGCACUCACUGGACGCGGUGCUAGCGCGCAGUGACAACGCCCAGAUUGUUGCUGACAUCAGAAGGGACAUCGACCAGGUCUUUGGCAAGAACAAAAAGACCCAGGAUAAGAGAGAGAAAAGUAAUUUUCGAAAUGAAAUUAAGCUGCUAAGGAAGGAACUGAAGGAAAGAGAAGAAGCAGCCAUGGUCCAGAGCCUCACUGCAGCAGACGUGGUCCUAGCCACCAACACAGGGGCAUCGUCUGAUGGCCCUCUGAAGUUGCUGCCUGAGAACCACUUUGAUGUGGUUGUGGUGGACGAGUGUGCCCAGGCCCUGGAAGCCAGCUGUUGGAUCCCCCUGCUGAAGGCUCCAAAGUGCAUCCUAGCCGGAGACCAUAAACAGCUGCCACCUACCACCGUCUCUCACAAGGCAGCACUGGCUGGGCUGUCCCGCAGCCUGAUGGAGCGUCUGGCAGAGAAGCAUGGUUCUGCUGUGGUAAGGAUGCUGACUGUACAGUACCGAAUGCACCAGGCCAUCACACGCUGGGCCUCGGAGGCCAUGUACCACGGGCAGCUUACUGCCCAUCCCUCUGUGGCGGGACACCUCCUGAAGGACCUCCCAGGUGUGACUAACACAGAGGAGACAAGUGUCCCCCUGCUGCUCAUAGACACAGCCGGCUGUGGGCUGUUGGAGCUGGACGAGGAGGACAGCCAGUCCAAGGGAAACCCAGGCGAAGUUCGCCUCGUCACUUUGCACGUCCAAGCGCUGGUGGAUGCUGGGGUCCAUGCAAGUGACAUUGCUGUCAUCGCACCCUACAACCUUCAGGUGGAUCUGCUCAGGCAGAGCCUAUCCAGCAAGCACCCCGAACUCGAGAUUAAGUCUGUUGAUGGCUUCCAAGGCCGAGAGAAGGAGGCUGUGAUCCUGACCUUUGUCAGGUCCAACAGGAAAGGUGAAGUUGGUUUUCUAGCUGAGGAUAGGCGGAUCAAUGUCGCUGUCACCCGUGCCCGGCGUCACGUGGCCGUCAUCUGUGACUCCCGCACUGUCAACAACCACGCCUUUUUGAAGACCCUGGUGAAUUAUUUCACAGAGCACGGGGAGGUACGCACAGCCUUUGAGUACCUGGACGACAUCGUCCCUGAGAACUACACUCAUGAGGGUGCCCAGGGCCAUGGCCGCACCCCCAAGCCCAGGGACCCUGCCACCUCCAUCAAGAAGCCUGCCAGUGAGCAGGAGAGCGGCCAAGAGGCCAGAGCAACCGCCGGACAGGGCCGCAGGAAGCCGAGUGAGAGGCAGCCAGGCUCUCAAGUCCACUCCCAGCCCAGCUCCAGUGAAGGAGGCUCUGACAGAACUGGAGGCUCAGAGCACACAGAGCACUUUAGGGCUGUGAUCGAGAAGUUUGUGGCCAGCAAGGAGUCCCAGUUGGAGUUCCCCACAUCCCUGAGCUCCCAUGACAGGCUGCGAGUUCACCAGAUAGCUGAGGAGUUUGGGCUGAGGCACGACAGUUCCGGGGAGGGGAAGGCGCGGCACAUUACAGUGAGCAGGAAGAGCCCUGUGAGUUCUGGUGGUGUAGCCCCACAGCCUCCCUCACCCCCCAGCCCCGCGCAGGCUGAGUCUGAGCCAUUGGCAGAACAGCCCCUUGGGCAGUCACAUGGCCCCACACAGCUGGAUCUGAAGGCCCUGCAUCUGGAGAGGCUGCGGAGACAGCAGGGCGACCAAGCGCAGUCAGUCAAGGCUCAGCCAGGUGUGGGUUCGAGACCACAGAAGGCUCCACAGAAGAAAAAGAAAAAAGAAACAAAAGGUCCAGCCCCAGCUCUGCCCUGCGAGGAGGACUUCGAUGCCCUGGUGUCAGCUGUGGUUAAGGCUGACAACACCUGUAGCUUCAGCAAGUGUUCGGCCAGCACCACCACACUGGGCCAGUUCUGCAUACACUGUAGCCACCGCUACUGCCUCAGCCAUCACCUGCCCGAGAUCCACGGCUGCGGUGAAAAGGCUCGCGCCCAUGCCCGGCAGAGGAUCAGUCGUGAAGGAGUACUCUAUGCAGGCAGCGGGACCAGGGACAGGGCCCUGGACCCAGCCAAGAGGGCCCAGCUGCAGAGGAGGCUGGACAAGAAACUGGGCGAGCUCAGUAGCCAGAGGACAAGCAAGAGAAAGGAGAAGGAGAGGGGGACAUGAGGCCUUGUCCUCGUACAGGGCUGUGUGUGGCAGAGGGCCAGGCCCUGGGCCCAGCUUCCAGUCUGGUACUGGCCAUUUCUCUGCUUGACCUGGCGUUUCCUUGCUCCUCCCAUGACAAGAGAGUUGUUUGCAGGGAGACCUGCCUGGUCUUAGACGCCAUCAGACUGACUCUGCCCUGACUGGCCAGGCCCCAUUAACCUAUUAAUCCUGCUCAGAUGCAUGUCCUGAGGAGUGAGUGCCUUGCUUUGCUAGCUGGCUGUAGCCACCUUCAUCCUGUCUUCAGUGACACAGUGGACGUAGAGUGUGUGCUCUAGGAAUGGGAGGAUGUUACCUCAGGGUUGGGCAGCUCCUAGCCUGUGAUUGCCUGACCUCUGCUGCUUGGUGACUGACAGGAAGGAGCUGUCCCAGGGCAUCUCACUGCUUACCUCAGACUGCGUCCUCUCCAGCGUUCUGUAACAGUUGCUCAUGGGAACUCUGACAGAUGCAUUUUAGCCUCAGGCUCUUGUUUCAAGAAAAUAUAAAUUAUUUAUAAAUUAAA